UAGGAUACACCUCAUCUCAGAAUGCGUGGAGACUUGUUACCCAUUCAGGACUAGUCAGAGUGCCACCAGAAAACUUUGGGUGCGGUUACAUGUACUUGGACUCACUCUUAGCUGGAGAGGUAAAGAAGACUAAGGCAAUUCAGAGGCUUUUGGCUGAGAGGGAGAAAAUGAGAGAUGGGGAUUACAAUCAGGAGCCGGUGCAUCAGACUCGUACACAAAGACAUGCUUAUCCUUCUGAGGACAAACAAGACAUUAUGACCAAACAAAUAAUCCAAGCCAUUUCAGAGAUAAUGAAUUCUGAGUGCAUGCCGGAUCGUGAUUACCAAGGCUGGGUGGACUUUGGACGGCGGGAUGCAGAAUGAAAAAGAACAGACACCAUAUUAUGUUGACAUGCUGAAAUUAUAUUUUACUGUCAAAUAAAUUACUUGGGUAAAUUAUUUUGUUGUAUGUGUUGAUUUAAUCACAUUCCCCCACAAAAGACAAACCAAAACA